AUGAGCAAGUACGGAACAAACAUAAGAAAUAGAUUUUUGUUGAAUCCUGACCACGUAUUUCUGAACCAUGGAUCGUUUGGAGCGGCCGGUAUUGAACCUCACAAUCUUCGAAUCAAAUUAAUCGAUGAAAUGGAAUGUCAAGCAGAUGUUUGGUUUAGACAGAAGAUUUGGCAGACUUGGAAUGACAACUUGCGGUCCGUUUCUGAAUUUGUUCAUUCAGAGCCAGAAAAUGUAGUGUUUGUAAGCAAUACAACUACAGGCAUUGGUUGUGUUAUGAGGUCAUUGAAAUUUAAUAAAGGAGAUGGAAUUUUGAUGUGCAAUUGGACAUACCAAGCUGUUAAAAAUAUAGUAAAUUAUGUGAAAAAUGAAAUUGGAAAUAUCGAAGUAUAUACUGUCACUAUUCCUGAGGACUUUGGAACUUCUCAACAUUUUGUCAGCUUGUAUGAAGAACAACUGAGAAAACACAGCAAUAUAAAGCUUGUCAUUAUAGACUAUAUAUCAAGUGUACCGCCAUGUUUGAUGCCGCUGACUGAAUUAAUAAGCAUUGUUAAAAAAUAUGAUAAGAUGGUCCUUGUGGAUGGUGCUCAUGCACCAGGUCAAGUGCCUCUCGACCUUGAAAGUCUUGGAUGCGAUUUCUUUGCAGGAAACCUACACAAGUGGUGUUACGUACCUAGGGGAUGUGCAGUUUUGUGGGUUGAUCCAAAAUAUCACAAGCAGAUUUUUCCUGCAACUAUAUCCAGAUUUGGAAAUGAUAAUAGUUUAUCUCAAUUAUUCUAUUACCAAGGAACUGCUGAUACCACCCAAUUCUUUGUCUCAAAAAGUGCAUUGGAUUUCUACGAAGAUAUUGGUGGCCACGAAAGUAUUAGCAAGUACUGCACCUCGCUAAUUGAGCAAUCUGCAAACAUGUUAGUAAAGAAAUGGAACACUCAACACUUUCCUCUUCCAGAUGACAUGAAAGCCCCAUUUAUGAGAAUCAUCAGAUUGCCAACUUUAGCAAAGUUUCCGAUAACGCCAAAUAAAGAGAAUUUUACUGAAGACGUAUCAGAUAUAAUGAGCCACCUGUGGGAUGAGUUUAAAAUUCAGACAGUGUGCAUUAAGAUGUACAACAAGGCCUGGAUCAGAUUGUCUGUAAAUGUUUACAACACGUUUGAAGACUACGAGAAACUGGGUGACGCCAUAUUAUCGAUGGUUCUUUAG